GUGCAAAAUAAUGCCGACAUUUUUGCGCUAUGUGCAUCAUGUGCAUUAUGGGAGGAUAGGUGGAUCCGCUCUCUCCAAGCAGUAGCUUUUUCUGGAAUAUUUGCCAAGUGAUAAGAUCUACCUGAAUUGCUGGCUGAGCAGAGCAGACAAUGUCACUGUUCAAGGCACGCGAGUGGUGGUCCACAGCGUGCGGCACAGACGAGACGUUUGACAUUGGCUGUAUGCUGGUGGCGUGCAUUGGGCCAGAGAAGCAGAAGGACCAGCGCAUUGUGGUUGGCAGUCAUGAGGGUUUCAUCCGCGUGUACCAGCCCAACUACGACGCGCGCGGGGACGGUGACGACGCGGGUGCGGAGAACGGGUUCCGGCCGGACGACCUGCUGUUGGAGGUGCAGCUGGAGCAUCCUGCCCUCCAGCUGAUGGCAGGCAAACUGGCACACUCGUCGACAGACACGUGCCUGGCGGUGCUGAUGCCGUUCCAGGUGACCGUGUUCACCAUCAGCAUGGCGGCGGGAGCUGUCGAACACGGAACACACUACGCCCUCAACCCGGUCUACUCACACCGACUCAAACGGUCCGCCUUCAACAUGUUCUCCGGGUUCUUCGGCGGAUCGAAAAAUAAGGAACUAUUCAGCAUCCAGUCGCUGGACGGUACACUGUCGUUUUACGAGCAGGAGAACUACUCGUUCAGCCGGUUCCUACCCGGCUAUCUGAUCCCCGGCCCGAUCCUCUACGUGCAGAAGACGGACUCGGUGGUAACGGGCACCUCCAGCUGGACGGUCGAGGCCUACAAAUACUCGUCGCUGGCACAGGGCUCCGACCCCAACGAGAAGUCGAGCGGUGACAUUGGAUCCGGCAAACGGGUCUACCCCGACUGGACCUACAACGUGGGAGAGGUCACACUCGAUAUACAACAGGUGACUCUGCCGUCGGGCGAUGUGCGUCUGGCGGUGCUGGCCGAACACAGUCUGCUGAUUCUGAAGGAGGCUGGACAGCCAGUGCUGUUCAAAAGGCUCGACUACCAUCCAGCCUGUCUCACUACGUUCGUCAACGACGCGGGGCGGCUCACCACGCUCGUUGCCAGUCACACGAGCGUGGGUCACGUAUACGAGGGCGGCACACUGCGCUGGGCUGCCCAGCUCCCAUUCAUACCGGUCUGCGUGGGCCGGCUGCGUCUGCGGCAGCUCUCGGGUCUCCUGGCGCUCCUCUCUCCUGGCGGACAGCUAGUGGUGGCGUAUCUGGGCACCACACCGUCUCUGUUCGUGGCGCCGCCCGUGCAGACGGCCGGAGCGCUCGACUAUGAGGCGCUGGAUGAGGAGCUGGCCACGCUGACGGCGGUCAUACAGCGGUCGCAGAAACAGGACGAGAGUGGCCUGGCGGCUGCGGACGCCAGCCGAGAGGACGUCCAGCUGGUGGUACAGAUUCACCCAGUACUGGACCCGUGCUCACUGCCUACAGAGGUGGACCAACAGGUGCCGUGUGCCAGUAUCCGCGCUCUGAUCACCCCGUUAGCGCCCGUGCAGUCGGUGGUCCUCAGUUUUGACGUGGUCAGUCCACUGGUGGUCGUCAAACCCUCGGCGGGCAUCGAGUCGCUCACCACCACCACGGACAUUGAGGCAGUAGUAUACCUGGCGCAGCCGCACGCCGUUCCCUCGCUGGAGCUGGAGGCAGUCCUCAGCUAUCUGACGUCUUCCGGCGCUCCGCGGGUGCUGCGCGCCGUCACCCGGCUGCCGCUGGCUCUGGUGGCCCGGCCGGCCGACCCGGUGAAGGAUGCUGAUCAUAGGGUCACCGUGUGCACCACGCGGCCGUCCGUCAACCUGGCGCAGCUUUUCAGCGACCUGAAGCUUGACGCUGGCAUGUCCAGCGCGGCCGGCAUUGAGUACUACACCGGCUGUACGGUGACCAUCCUGGCCUCCAAGACGUCUCAGCGGUACCGUCUACAGUCGGACGAUUUCCACGCCCUGUGGCUGGUCACUGAGGAGCUCACCAGACGCAUCGGUGCCAUGUACGGCGAGACGGCCGACGAGCCGAUCUGCUCGUUCGUCUCCUCCCUCCCCCUCCAGGACGUGUUCUCCGAGGUGGACGCCCACCUGAUGUGGCGGCAGCGGCGGGAGCAGCAACUUCAGCAGCUGGAGCAGCGCGCCAGCCAGUUCCGGGCCAUCCAGCGCCGCCUGCUCACCAAGUACAAGGACAUGACGCCCUCGCCGCUGACCAACAUGGACCAGCUGCUGGAGGAGACGUACCGCCGUCUGAUGGCGCAGGCUGACUCCCUCUCGGAGGAGGACCGACGUCUGGAGCGGUCGGCCGCGCAGCUUUCCUGCGCGCUGAGACUACUCGCUCUCCUAGCCCGGCUCAGUCAGACUCUGACCCCGGAGGAGGCCGACCUACUCACGGCGGCUCUCUGCUGGCGGCGUGUGCCCUCCCAGGAACAGGGCUGGCACGAGACGGCCGACUGCGCGGCCGGGUACCUCCACCGGGCCCUGCAGCAGCAGACGGGACGGGUGGCGGUCAGCGGCGCGCCGCUCGCCAUGCCAGAUGAUACGACCAAGCUGAAGCGGCACCUGGCGCUUCUGCUGGAGAAGGUGCUGAAGGCCGGAGCCAGGAUCGGGGACAGCGUCAACAGGACUGAUGCGCCCGCCGACGAGCCGGUUGCAGACGAGGACGAGCGUCCACCCUCUGUACACCCCAUCAGUCAGAUGUUCACUCAGCGGCUGGGCUCGGCCCGGCCCCGCAGCGGCACCCGGCGGCCGGUCAGCGGAGCGUCGUCCGCGCAGAGGCUUCAUGCGCCGGCCACCGGUCCUCCCGUGCCCUCCGGUCGCGGGCCGCCUCCAACAGUAGCCGUGGAGCCUCCGACACCUCAGCUGGACCGGUCGCGGCCCACCUCGGCAGACUCCGUGGAUGCCGAGUCGCGUGGCGCCACCGCCCCGGAGCCGCUCGUGCCGGGGACUCAGCCGGAGACGGCGGCCGAACAGCGGGACAAGGCCGACGGCGCCGGCGGAGACGUUCAACAUCUUCACCUGCACGGUCUCACCGGUGCCGGCAUCGAGGUACCGCGCGACAACCUGCUGGACGAACCGGAAGAGGACUUCUGGUGAGGCAUUGACGUCACAGGGUGACGCAGUGACGUGGUGACGUGACGUCAGGGUGGUGCUGGGGCGUUAGGUGAUGUCUGAAGACUAGGUGUAGAUGUUACUUGGGAGUUGGGAUCCCAAUACUGAACUCGGCGAUAGGCUCGGUUGGAAGAAAUGAUAGGAUGAGAGGGACGACUCAACACAAGGUAGUGUCCUUAUACAUCGAUGACGUCACUAUGUAUCGAUGGCGUCACAUAUCGGUGAUGUCACCUGUAGCUAACGUCACUGUAUAAGACGUCACAGUGUAUCUCUAAUGUCAGGUAAUGUUGCUAGCACAGUGGCACUGCCUUGACUGCCGUCCUCUACUCGUACGGCCUGUGAUCUAUCCCGGACCAGCGACACCUACCGAUUAGAGCCUGGUUUGAAGCUCGCACACGUUAGUAACGUCUCACACCACAUCAGCCGUCAGUGAUGGUAGUGACAUCACUGUAUCUCAACUGACGUGAUAUAAAUCAGCUGGAUGGGACUAGGGGUACGUGGUAUGACGGGUGUGGGUGAGACUGUGGGUUUGUCUGUGGACAGAGGUGUGCUGCCCUUGGGACUGGCUAGCUUUGUCAGAGGGCGCUAGGCUCCCAAAGGGCGGCCCUCCCUAGACCGGGUAGCAGAAUGUCAGAAGACGGUGUAGUCACGCAUGGUCUAGGAUCUCCCUUGGUGGAUUGUGUUUCGGGCGGAAUCCUACACCCGCCGUGUGAUACUAUCACAGUCUCUGUUAGUAGUCUAGUCUCUGUUAUUAUUUGAAUCUUUGGGAUGCAAUGAUCAAAAAGCUUAUAAGGUAGUCUUCAAAGGUCCCAGGACUUCUAAAAAAGUAAUGUGGAAUUGUUUUUAAUCCUGUUGAAAUGGAACUUCCGUAGCUUCAGUGUUAAAGAAUAUCUGGCUGAUGUCGAAUUCCCACUAAAUUUCCUAACCGGUCGAGAUAUGUGAUAUUUUACAGUAAUGCCAUUUGGGUAUCCAUCGUGUGAGCGUCUUUACCAUCCCGGUUGUUGUGCUGAAGGCGUAAUGCUCACAAUAACUAGUCAUAUAAACACCAAUUAAGCUAUCAUCUAGUCAUAUAUGUGGGGUUUAAGUCUCGCUAGGUAAAGUCAAAUAUCCGUCAUAUCUUCGUCCGUCCAAGCUCAGGUAGUGUCUAGCAAAGACGGGAUUGUCACGCUCAAACUGCGGCGAACUGGGGACCUACCGUGGUAAACGGCGUAGCUGAGUUUGGGGAGGACUUGGCAGUGCUUGUAAUCGCUGUGAUAUGUUGUGACAAAGUGUGUGCAACUUUGUCACAACAUAUCUUGCAAACCGUAUAUACAACUGCACUACUGACGAA